UGGAAAAUAUCUCCAAGCGAUGUGGUGGAUUCCUAAGGAAGCUCAGCUUGCGAGGCUGCAUUGGCGUGGGGGAUUCUUCCUUGAAGACUUUUGCACAGAACUGCCGAAACAUCGAACAUUUAAACCUCAAUGGGUGCACAAAAAUCACCGACAAUGCACCUGCUUUUUUUCAGCACAUGCUAUAGCCUUAGCAGAUUCUGCUCCAAGCUGAAACACUUGGAUCUGACCUCCUGCGUGUCCAUUACUAACAGCUCCUUAAAGUGCAUCAGCGAGGGCUGCCGAAACCUGGAGUACCUGAACCUCUCUUGGUGUGAUCAGAUCACAAAGGAGGGCGUUGAGGCGCUGGUGCGAGGGUGCCGGUGCCUGAAAGCCCUGCUCCUGCGGGGUUGCACACAGUUAGAAGAUGAAGCUUUGAAACAUAUUCAGAAUUACUGUCAUGAGCUUGUGAGCCUCAACCUGCAGUCCUGCUCACGCAUCACAGAUGAGGGUGUGGUACAGAUAUGCAGGGGCUGCCACCAGCUGCAGGCCCUCAGCCUUUCUGGGUGCAGCAACCUGACUGAUGCUUCCUUGGCCGCGCUGGGCUUGAACUGCCCGCGAAUGCAAAUUUUGGAGGCUGCCCGAUGCACCCAUUUGACUGAUGCAGGUUUUACACUUUUAGCUCGGAAUUGCCAUGACCUGGAGAAGAUGGAUCUUGAAGAAUGCAUUCUGAUAACUGACAGCACACUCAUUCAACUCUCCAUUCACUGUCCCAAGCUGCAAGCCCUGAGCCUGUCCCACUGUGAGCUCAUCACAGAUGAUGGGAUCCUGCACCUCAGCAACAGUACCUGUGGCCACAAGAGGCUGAGGGUACUGGAACUGGAUAACUGCCUCAUCACUGACGUGGCCCUUGAGCACCUGGAGAACUGCCGUGGCCUAGAGCGCCUUGAACUGUAUGACUGCCAGCAGGUCACUCGUGCAGGCAUCAAGCGGAUGCGGGCUCAGCUUCCUCAUGUCAAAGUCCAUGCCUACUUUGCUCCUGUCAUUCCACCCACAGCAGUGGCAGGAAGUGGACAGCGACUGUGCAGGUGCUGUGUCAUUCUCUGACAGUAGCUGCUUAGGCCCAAGGGAUAACAAAAUGUUUCUCCCUAGAGAAGACCAGGCUUCUUGCCUACUCCACUGUCACCCAAAUCUGUUGAUUCUCCCUUGGGAAAAGGCACUUACAGGUAAAACACUUUGAUGUGGACUGCAGUAACUGGUGAUAGUUCUUACCUUUAUUUUGCUGUGAUGCAAUCAGAUCAAAGCCUUGUCAGUUAACAUGUGGCAAGGAUGAUCUCAGUGUAGCCAAGAGCACAUGGAAACCUGGAUUCCUUAGGAGGUGGUCCUUCCCUGGGCUUUAUCAGCAUUCCUCGCGGACUGUCAGUGUCAGCACAAGCUGAGCAGAAAGAAUUACCUGGCUAUCUAAUCCUUACAAGCCAAUGGGCUUUUUAAAUUCACAAUGAUUCCAUUACAAUUAGCAGGACUUUCUCAUUUUAAGAUUACCUUUAUUCAAAUGACUGUACGACAAAUUCGUGACACCUAAUAGUUUCAUACAUAGAAGCUAAUGUGGAACAGUUUCCAUGCUACACCAAAGAAAAGAGGAUUCCUAAACUGGUGGACAGGGUCUUCACCUUUAUAUGUCAGUUUGUCAUAACCACCUCUAAGGACCAAAAACUAAACAAAAGCAACUCCGUCUGUGUUGGCUGGUGGAAAAGGAUAUAAGCUCUGGCAUAUGCUACAGCACACAAUGCGAUUUCUUUAAGGAAAAAGCUAAUUAUGUCCAUACUUUUUUGGGAGACCUUGCAGAAACAGAAUUAAGGUUUAAGUCAUUUAUUAUAAUAUUA